AUGAAGUCAACUCUGUCACACUGUCCUAAUAGCAAACAGAGCUCCGUUCCCUACCACGUUACUAUGUCAGCCAUCCAGCCAGUCAGCCAGCCAGUCAUCCAGCCAGUCAGCCAUCCAGUCAGCCAGUCAGCCAGCCAGUCAUCCAUCCAGCCAGUCAGCCAUCCAGCCAGUCAUCCAGCCAGUCAUCCAUCCAGCCAGUCAGUCAGCCAGUCAGUCAGCCAUCCAGCCAUCCAGCCAGCCAGCCAGUCAGUCAGUCAGCCAUCCAUCCAUCCAGCCAGCCAGCCAGCCAGCCAGUCAUCCAGCCAGUCAGCCAUCCAGUCAGCCAGUCAUCCAGCCAGUCAGUCAAUCAGCCAGUCAGUCAGCCAUCCAGCCAGCCAGUCAGUCAGUCAGUCAGUCAGUCAGCCAUCCAUCCAUCCAUCCAGCCAGCCAGCCAGCCAGCCAGCCAGCCAGUCAGUCAGUCAUCAGUCAGUCAGUCAGCCAUCCAGCCAGCCAGCCAGUCAGUCAGUCAGCCAUCCAGCCAGUCAGUCAGCCAUCAGCCAGCCAGCCAGUCAGCCAGCCAGUCAGUCAGCCAUCCAGCCAGUCAGCCAGCCAGUCAGUCAAUCAGCCAGUCAGCCAGCCAGUCAGUCAGCCAUCCAGCCAGUCAGCCAUCCAGUCAGCCAGCCAGUCAGUCAAUCAGCCAGCCAGCCACCCAGUCAGUCAGCCAUCCAGCCAGUCAGCCAUCCAGCCAUCCAGCCAGUCAGCCAGCCACCCAGUCAGUCAGCCAUCCAGCCAGUCAGUCAGCCAUCCAGCCAGUCAGCCAGCCAGUCAGUCAGCCAUCCAGUCAGUCAGCCAUCCAGCCAGUCAGUCAGCCAGCCAGCCAGUCAGUCAGCCAUCCAGCCAGUCAGUCAAUCUUCCAGUCAGCCAGUCAGUCAGCCAGCCAGUCAGCCAGCCAGUCAGUCAGCCAGUCAGCCAGUCAGUCAGCCAGCAUCAGAUGAAUAAUACUACAACUAAAUAAAAUAAACUCAGGUUACCAAGCUUGUCAUAUCAGAUAUAACCUCAUAAGCAGACUUUAA